UCCUCGCCGGUGCGCGAUCGCGGCUCCGGUUUCCACACCUUGCUGAUCUUGGAGCCCAACCAGAGGCCAGGGGCACGCAGGGGAGGGAGGGGGGACUAGAAAGCCAUGGGCUUCCAGGUCGCCGCCGUCGUGCCAUCGCCGUGCGCGCGCUCCGCCGCCUCGUCAGCGCCGUCGACGUCCUCCCGUUCCCCAUUCCUCGGCGGCCGCGCCAGGCUCGCGAGUUCGGGCGGCGGCCUUCUGGUGCGCCGGCGUGGAAGCGCGGUUCAACCCGCGGGGUGCGCGCUGAGUGCCAGCAUAGACGGCAUGGGCGGCGGGGACACGGAGUUCCUGAGGAGGAUCGAGGAGCUCGCGGUGUCGGCCGGGGUGCGUACGGCCGGGUGCGGGUGGCCGCCGAUCCUGGAGCGGAGCGCGGGCGGCGUCGGGCUCCCGCUGUCGCUGCGAAUGCUCAAGCGGAAGAAGCAGCAGCAGCAGGUUCCACCCCAGUCGCGGUGGGACGAGCACCUGCUGGGCUCCGCCGGCGAGUCGGUGGGGCGCGCCUUCUCCUCCAUGGUCCUCAUCGUGCGGGAGCUGCAGAGCUUCGCGCUGCGGCAGAUGCAGCAGGGCGACGACCUGCGGCUGCAGGCCGUGCUGGCGCGCGCCCGCGGCGAGACGCACGACUCCUUCGUCUGGCUCUUCCAGCACAUCUUCGCCGGCACCCCGGCCCUCAUGCUCUCCCUCAUGCUCCUCCUAGCCGACUUCACCGUCCACUCCAUGAGCCACACCCUCGCCGACGCCGUCCCUCCGUCCCCACCCUCCGCCGCCUCGGUGGUCGACGCGGAGCCGUCCAACACGCGGUUCGACGCGGGUGCGGUCAAGACGUUCUCCGUCGGCCGGACAGCCUCUGUCGGCGGAGGCAGCGGGGGCGGCGGCGACGCUCGGCCCGUCGCGGGCGCUCCCGGCGACGACCACGAGUCCCGCUACAGCCUGGGCCGCGUCGCGCCGCAGCAGCUGGCGGGGACGGGCGCGGAGAAGGUCCUCCUCCCCGACGCUGCCGCCGAGGACGAGCAGGCCGUCUGGGAAAGGAUGGUCGCGGAGGCCUCGCGCCUGCAGGCCAGCGCGCGCGCCGAGGAGCUGUCCGAUCCGGAAGUGCUGGGGAACCUCGUCGCGCCGGUCGUGGUGGAGGUGGAGACGGGGGACGUGGCCGAGUACGCGCGGACGGAGCAGUGGUACGAGCUAGCCGUGGCCGAGGAGCCCGGCAACUCGCUCAUCCUCGCCAACUUCGCGCAGUUCCUCUACCUCACGCGGAACGAUCACAAGCGGGCGGAGCACUACUUCGAGCGGGCGGUGCGGGCGGAGCCGGCGGACGCGGAGGCGCUGAGCCGGUACGCGACGUUCCUGUGGAAGGCGCGCGACGACGUGGCCGCGGCGGAGGAGACGUACCAGGAGGCCAUCGCCGCCGACCCCGGCAACGCGCACUACGCCGCCGCCUACGCGCAUUUCCUCUGGAACACCGGCGGCGACGAGACCUGCUACCCGCUCGACUGACGGCGUGGAGCUGAGCUAACAGCAGAUGAUCUCUUUCCGUUUACUAAAACUUAGAAUCGUGGGCAGUGGUGAUCCGGCGGGAUUCCAUGGCGCGGUGUCCCCCAUCCAGGAAUACGGGCGUACGGCGAUGGGAGCUUUUGGCCGGGAACGGCCGGCGGGGACGGCGGACGUACGGACGCGAGGGUGAAAUCCCGAUGAGCUUGUCGGCCAUCUCCCUGGCAUGGAGUGCACUAUGGCCGUAGUCUGUAGACUUCAGUGGCACCGUGGCGAGGAAGAAGGGCGAGUGGUGGUAGAAUAUCGUAUGGAUAUAUGUUGUGUAUAGCAACUUGGGUCGGUAAUUAUGUAUAUGAGCAAAAGAAUAAGUGAACAGGAAGAAGAUGGUGAUGGUGGUAA